AUCUUUAUCCAAUAAAUAUACAGGCUGAUUUAAAUGCGAACGCCUCGUUGUCACGUGAUCAUCCCGACGGCACAAAAUGGCGGUGUGCAUCGCUGUCAUCGCAAAAGAGAACUACCCGCUGUACAUCCGCAGCGUUUCCCCUCAAAAUGAGCUAAAAUUUCACUACACCGUGCACACCUCGCUGGAUGUGGUGGAGGAGAAGAUUUCCGCCGUGGGAAAGUCACUGGGUGACCAGAGAGAGUUCUACCUGGGUCUACUAUAUCCCACCGAGGAUUAUAAAGUAUAUGGCUAUGUCACAAACUCCAAGGUUAAAUUUGUUAUUGUUGUAGAUUCAGCUAACACGUCGUUGCGGGACAAUGAAAUAAGAAGCAUGUUCCGAAAACUGCACAACUCCUUCACUGACGUCAUGUGUAACCCAUUCCAUACUCCCGGCAGCCCAAUUCAGUCCAAAGCAUUUGAUGAGAUUGUCUCUGGAAUGAUGUCUCAAAGUGCUUGAUAUCUUCUGCAGCCUUCCAUGUACAUAACACAGCUUUGAAAUGCCUCAUUUGAAUAUGUAAAUAAAAAUAUCCGUAUCACAGUC